CAUGUGUGUUCAUCUUCACACACUCUCCCUUCUUCAUACAGAGUCGGCUAUAACGCAUGGAAUCAAAUGCUUUCUCUCUCUUCCUCUCCCUGUUGUUUUUGUUUUUGUGUUUUCUCUUUUUGGUGUGUGUGUGUGUUUCCAACUUUUUGCUUUAAGACCAGCAGCAGGCUUGAAAGUUGGCGAUUUCCUUCUCAAACACUCCAUUAAGAGCCCUUUUUCUCCCUCCUCUUUUUCCCAGUCUUCACUUCACCUUUUCAGCUUCCUCUUAAGCCAUGGACAGCACCGCACCCCCAUCUCAGUGGACUGCACAGGGAUUCAUUGGGGUGAUUAGUAAUAACCCACCAAUGGAAAUAGCAUCAUCAACAAGGCCUGCGUCUGUGAGCUUGCAAGAGAUCAAGACUCCAUGUGGAACCACAACAACAAGCAGGCCACAAAAGGAUCAAGCCCUGAACUGCCCGAGGUGCAGUUCAAGCAACACCAAGUUCUGCUACUACAACAACUACAGCCUCUCUCAGCCUAGAUACUUCUGUAAGACCUGUAGGAGGUACUGGACUGAGGGUGGGUCCCUCAGGAAUGUCCCUGUGGGCGGUGGCUCCAGGAAGAACAAGAGACCCUCUUCGUCGUCUUCUUCUUCACCAUCAUCAAAGAUCAUCAAGCUUACUGAUCUGGUGGUGGGCCCGUCAAGCCUUCCUCAAAACCCUAGGACUCAUGAAGCCCAACAAGACCUAAACUUAACAUACCCACCCGAUACUACUGCUACUGAUCAACACAAUCUCAAGAGUAGCAGUGGAAUUAUUGCCUCCUCUUCAAUGGGAUUGAGCUUAAGCUCCUUCAUGCCGCCCAUUCCGGUAGUAUCUGACUCAAGCUCCAAUUUUUAUGCAGUCGGUGGCUUGAAUUUCCAUCAUCUUCUUGGACUCAAACCCGCGACAGCCUCACUUGGUAGUUUUUCUGGAGAUGGGUUUGAGAGUGGUGGCUUUCUUGGGCACCAUCAAGGGUUGCAAGAGAGUGGCAAUGGUGAUAACAAUAAUGAUGGUGCAAAGCUCUUUUUCCCUGUGGAGGAUGGUUUGAAGCAUCAAGUGACUGCAACUACUGGCGUUGAUGGUCAGUUUGGUCUUCAAAGUAGAGGACAAGGAGAUCAUUCAAAUGGGUAUUGGAAUGGAGUGUUGGGCACUGGAGGAUCGUGGUGAUUGAUUGAGAAGAUUAGUAUUCGAUCACCAUCACACACUUCAAGGGUUUGAUUUUUUACUUUAACCUUUUUAUUUCUUCUCGUGGGAUUGGAUCAACUUGGUUGGGUUGGAGAGUUUGAUGGGAACUAACAACAAUCAGGGUACAUGAGGCUUUCACCCUUUCCUUCCUUCCUUUCUUUUGCCUAUUAUUUUCUCUCUCCCUCGUCUUUGAAGCUCAUUUUGGGUUGGCUUCAGAAGCUAGUCUUGGAAUACUGUAUUAUGUGUUCUCAAGCAUGGAAUAGAGAAUUAGAGAUUAGCUUAAGCGAAGUCAAAUAGUCGUUACUCAGUUUGUAUAGUUUCAAGAUGUCUGAAUGAUCGAUUGGUAAUUAUCUGUGCGAGUAUGUUCA